AUUGAGUUUAAUAUUUCAUAAAAUUUUCAUUCAUGGUCUGGUUGGAGAUUGGCUGGCCAGGUAUAAUAGGCCCGCUUCAUGAAGGAAGAAAUGGUUUUUCAUUAAUCUAGGAAUUAGGUUUAAGACUUGUAAAAAUAUCACUUCGAUCGGUAGAUCUAUGGAUAGUUUAAAUUACAAUUUUCCAGAAAUAUUCUGUAAAGUAAUUGUCCUUUGGAAGGACACCUUCCAAUUUAUAUUAAAGAAGGUCAUCUUUAUAAUCAAACCAAUUGCAGUUUUUCGCAAAUACGAAUUUUUGCGACAGAUCUCUAAAAUAAGAGCUAUUUUUGUAGAAUUUUAUCUUUCUCAGAUAGAUAGCUAGAUAGGAUACAGAUACUUCAUUGGGUGCAUAUAUAAAACAAACAUUGGACAAGAAGACAAUUUCACAUUAAGCAGGGAGCUUGGUCGAGAUGUGGAAGUGUGCUAUACUUGUAUUUUGUAGUAGUCUAGUACUGGUGCAGGGCCAAGAUGAUUGGCUGCAGGUGAACAUCACCCAGGGACCGGUGCGCGGGCAUAAGGAUCCUGACGGUGGUCUCUACGUGUUCUAUAAUAUUCCAUAUGCUACGGCACCCACGGGGAGAGAUAGAUUCAAGGCUCCCCUGCCUCCACCAGUAUGGAUGUCACCACUCGACGCCGUAAAUAGAAACAUCCGCUGCCCGCAGCCUAGCGUAGUAGGGAACACUCAGGAAGAUUGCCUGGUAGUCAACCUGUUCGUCCCUGAUACCACAGACACAAAUCUACCUGUCCUGGUCUUUGUCCAUGGAGGGGCUUUCCAGAAUGGUCACGGCCUUUCUAAUCAAUACCGAGAAUUAGUGCGAACAAACAAACUAAUAGCAGUCUCAUUUAACUAUAGAAUAGGUGUCCACGGAUUCUUAUGUCUUGGCACUGAAGGUGCUCCUGGUAACGCAGGGAUUAAGGAUCAGGUAGCACUACUACAUUGGGUAAACGCAAACAUUGCUAAAUUUGGAGGUAACCCACAAGAUGUGACACUAGCAGCCUGCAGCGCGGGUUCUGGUGCAGUGGAUGUCUUAACACUCUCUAGUGCUACGACAGGGCUGUUCCAGAAAGCUAUCUUAGAGAGUGGCAGCAGUACAGGAGCUGUAGGUGUAAUCAUUGAUCCCAUCCAAAAUGCUAAGAAUUAUGCAAAGGUGCUGAAUUUUGAUAAUGUUGAUGAUUUAGAAAGUUUAGAAGAAUUUUAUAGAAAUGCUCCGUUUGAACUAUUAACUUCACGUGUCGAUGAAAUAGUAGACAAUAAGGAUACUGCUGUUAGAUUUGCUCCAUGCGUGGAACGAGAUAUUGGUCUGGAGCGAGUUAUUAUGGACGCACCGAUGAGUGUCAUUAAACGCGGUAACUACACCAAGGUCCCUUUGCUAUACGGAUUUACUAACAUGGAAGGUGCAAUGAGACUUCCUUAUUUUGAUGACAAAGUUCAAAUGAAUGAGAAAUUCUCGGAUUUCUUACCAGCAGAAUUGCACUUUGAUACCGCCGAAGAGAAAGAACAAGUUGCUCAGAGAGUAAAACAAUUUUAUUUUGGGGAUAACGAUGUGAGUGAAGACACCAUGGUACAAUUUCUUCUGUACUUUACUGAUGUGUUAUUUGCGUAUCCAAUGUUGAAAUCUUUGUCAGCUCGAGUAGAAGCUCUAGGUGACACAAUUUAUCUGUUUGAGUACUCGUUUGUGGACGAUGAUACGCCAAGUUUUCCUCAUACUAACGUUCGUGGGGCUGAACAUUGCUGGCAAUCAAGGGCAGUUCGUGAUCAGGAUCUGACUGGUAGAACAGAUGCAUACAAGCAGAUGGUACAAUUAGCCAGGGAAUACACCCUCAACUUUAUACUUACUGGAUCUCCAACAUCAAGCGACACACGUUUUCCAUUAUGGCGUCCAGCGAAUGCCCAAAGAUCUCCUCACAUGUCGAUAGGUCCUGUCAUAGAGCUGAAGGAUGACAUUUUGGGAGAAAGAGCAGCACUCUGGGACUCCAUCUACGACGAACACUAUCGAGGUCCACUAGUGCCUGAUAGUUAUACUGGUGGUGUUUCCUCUGUAAUAAUCUCGAAAAUAAUCAUUGUAAUGACCAUUACCGCUGUUAUUUUCAAUUGGUGA